AUGUCUUGCUGUUCUUGUUCUGUCAUUGACCGUGCUGGCUGUCAGCACGAAUCAAUUUACGUAUGUGAAAUGCAAAAUUUCUUUAUCCUAUGCCAAAGUUGCUUUUGUGGUAGCAUGUUCAGUGCCAUUUUCAUGCUAUGCUAUCAUCCAGCGGAUUCAUACCAAAUAAAUUUUUACCUAAUUUAUGUUGCAGGGCAGUUCAAAGUUUUCAGGUAUUUUCGCUUCACAUCUGCCACACGACCCAUGUCACUCAGAGUCACUCCCAGUACACUAACACACGGUUACACGCAUAAGUGUAGUUCUAUGAGGAAGUGGCACUCAUAUUGGAUAAAUUGA